AUGAGCGAGAUCGAAAAUUUUGGGGAUUAUGAGACGAUAGAAAAACACAUUAUUCGGCCACCGAUUCCCAAUGCGUUAAAAAAGUAUUGGAACAAUCGAUACAACUUGUUUUCACGCUUCGAUGAAGGAAUUUGGUUGGACUAUCAAUCUUGGUAUAGUGUUACACCAGAGCGAGUCGCGUAUAGCAUUGCUCAGUCCAUUUUUGAAUCUCACAAACCGGAGCUGGUUAUUGAUGCAUUUUCUGGUUGCGGAGGAAAUACAAUCCAGUUCGCCAAAUUUUGUCCAGUUAUUUCGAUUGAGCUUGAUCCAAUAAAAAUUGCUAUGGCCAAGCACAAUUUAGCCAUUUACGAGAUUCCAUCGUCCAGAGUCACAUUUAUACAAGGAGAUGUACUGGACGUAUUAAGGUCAAUUGACUUUGCUUCUCAAUAUAGAACAAUCAUCUUCAUGAGUCCACCAUGGGGAGGCCCUAGUUACUCGGGAAAAUCCACAUACUCCUUAAAUGACUUAAUUCCUUAUACAUUUGACAUUUUGUAUAAAGAGGCUUUUCGUAUCACUCCAUACAUUGCCGCUUUUCUACCCAAAAACACUGAUAUUGAUGAACUGGCUCAAUAUAGCACUGAUAAAAACCGCAUCGUGGUUACAAAUUUCCUUUAUGAAGGUUAUUCUAAGGCUAUCUGUUGCUACUUCAACAUGAAAAAUGUUUUGGCUUCUACUGCUCUCCAACAAGUCUAA